AUGGCCCACGACUCCGCUUCACCGCCACCAAGGCAUGCUCCACCGCACAUUCGAUUGAAUUCUGGCAGCGAUGACCUCCUUCAAAUGUCGCAGCAUAGUCAGCCCUUUGCUCAACAAUAUCCGCAGUCCUCUCGACCAUCGUCAACCCGUUCUUUGACACAAAACUCACGGCCCGGUGCCAAUUCGCCUUAUUCUUCACAAGCGCCAGCGGAAUCUGUCGAGCUCCUUCUGCCUCCUAGAAAGAGUAAGCCACGCCGGUUUCGCGAUGAGGAGAGCCCGAUGAGAUCAACUACCGGCGAGAGCGGAUACAACAGCCGGCGGACGUCGUGGUCGUCAGAAAGUGCAGGAAGUCGAGACAGCCGGUAUGGAGGGCCAUUCGCAUCGCCGUUCGAUGACUCUCGUGCGCCCUCGCGCGCUGGCAGUGAUGAAGAUGGCGUGAACACUCAAACUGUGAGCGAAAAAUACAACAUCAUGCCUUCUGCGGGCCUAUUACUGUUCCCAGAAGAUGUGGAGAAAGACGACUGGCUGCACAAUCCCGAUCCGAGCGACCGCGACGGAAAAAUGAAUUGUCAGGAGCUAUUCAGUCGACGCGGUUUGGUCAACGUAGGCGGCUUGCUAUUCAUCACCCUUGGCAUUCUAAUAUUGUUCAUCGGAUACCCAAUUUUAACGUUUGUGCAAGAAGCCAUAAAUCCGGGAGGCAACAGUUGCAAGAAGGAUCCGAUGUGUAUUUCCGAUAAGGUCAGCCUUUUGAACAACAUCCGACAUGGACUGAUCGAUCCCGACACUCCGGACAACGUGAAGGAGAGGUGGGGAGCGGAUGGCAACAAGCAGUUUCUCGUGUUUAGCGACGAGUUCAACACGCCAGGUAGGACGUUUUACGACGAAGACGAUCCUUACUGGCAGGCUAUGGACAUCUGGUACGGCGUAACUCGCGAUCUAGAGUGGUAUGACCCGGACGCUGCGACAACCGCGAACGGAACUCUUAACUUGCGUUUCGAUGCAUUUCAGAACCACAACCUCAACUAUCGCUCGGGUAUGCUGCAAUCAUGGAACAAACUUUGCUUCAAGGGCGGCUACCUCGAGGCCUCAAUCUCUUUACCCGGGCGUGGCGACACCAUUGGAUUCUGGCCAGGUUUCUGGGCCAUGGGCAAUUUGGGCCGUCCGGGAUACGCCGCAUCAACUGAUGGCAUGUGGCCGUACAGCUACCAUAACGAAUGUGAUGUUGGCAUCACUCCGAACCAGUCUGAUCCCGGCGGAGUGAGCAAUCUUCCCGGUAUGCGCCUCCCGGCCUGCUCCUGCAUUGGCGAAGACCAUCCGAACCCUGGCUAUAGUCGAUCGGCGCCAGAAAUCGAUGCCAUUGAAGCAUCGGUCGAAUACCUUGAUGCACUCCACAAGACCGACGCUAUUGGCUCUGCCUCGCAAUCUUACCAGGUGGCACCUUUCGAUGUUCUGUGGCGGCCAAACACGGACUGGAUCGAGGUCUAUAAUCCACAAGUCAGCGCCAUGAACGGUUAUCAGGGUGGUGUCUUCCAACAGGCGUUGUCCACUGUCACCAACCUCAACAACCAAUGGUAUGACGGCAAAGCGUACCAGAAAUAUGGCUUCGACUACCGUCCCGGACCUGACGGCUACGUUGUCUGGAACGUGGGCGAUACGAAGACAUGGAAGGUGCGCGGCGAAGCAGUCGGACCCAACGGAAACAUCGGCCAGCGUGUAAUUCCUGAGGAGCCGAUGUCCAUUAUUGCCAACUUCGGCAUCAGUGACGGCUUUGCACUGCUCAACUUGACCGGUCUGGCGCCUCUCAUGCCCGCGGUGAUGCGCAUCGACUACAUCCGCAUUUACCAGGACGAGCACGGUGAAUUGACAUGUGAUCCGAUUGGAUACCCAACCACGAAGUACAUCGACGAGCACAUGCAAGCCUACACCAACCCAAACUUGACAUUAUGGUCAGUAAUCUCCCUCCUGCGUCGAGAUUUGAACAAAGCUAACGUAGAUACUCUUCCGCAGGUCUCAAACAAAAUACAAACAACCCAAAAAUUCCUUCAUGCAUGGCUGCAAAGCGGCCAAACCACCCGCCGGCUCACCGAAGAAAAAGCGAUCGUUAGACGACGAGAACGACGCCGCCCCAUCACAUCCACUUCGAACAUUAUUUAG